GACGUCAUCGCCGCGGGGCGGAGGCGACAGUGUCUGAGGAGAGGCUGAGCGUGCUGCGACGCCGGCAGCAGGGCUCUGAAGCAGCGCGAGUCCCGGGUAGCGCCCGCUCCUCCCUGGUGGUCGGGCCACGUCGAGUCCCGCGUGGAGAUGGCAGACGAUCUUGGAGACGAGUGGUGGAAGACCCAGCCGGCAGGAGCAGCCAGCAGCCCAGAAGCAUCAGAUGGUGAAGGAGGAGGAGACACAGCAAUGACUCAGCAGGAGAGAGCUCCAGUUCCUGCCCUGUCAAAGAAAACCGAACAGCCUAAAGAAUGUUUCUUGAUACAACCAAAGGAAACAAAUGAAGAUGCCACCAAGACCAGGAAGAGGAAAAAGAAGAAAAUUACUGAUGUUCUUGCAAAAUCAGAGCCAAAACCAGGGACACCUGAAGACCUACAGAAGCUGAUGAAGGACUAUUAUAGCAGCAACCGCUCAGUGAUUGAAUUAGAAGAACUAACCCUACCAGACUCCUGCUUCCUCAAGGCCAAUGAUUUGACUCACAGUCUUUCAUCAUAUCUAAAAGAAAUCUGCCCUAAGUGGGUGAAACUUCGGAAGAACCACAGUGAGAAGAAAUCGGUCCUGAUGCUGAUUAUCUGUGGCUCUGCCAUCCGAGCCCUGGAGCUCAUUAGGUCAAUGACCGCAUUCAGAGGAGACAGCAAAGUCAUGAAAUUAUUCGCAAAACACAUAAAGGUCCAGGAGCAGGUAAAAUUGCUGGAGAAGCGUGUGGUACACCUGGGUGUAGGAACUCCAGGGAGGAUUAAAGAACUCAUUAAACAAGGUGGCCUUAAUUUGAACCCCUUAAAGUUUCUGGUUUUUGACUGGAAUUGGAGAGAUCAGAAGUUGAGAAGGAUGAUGGACAUUCCCGAGAUAAGAAAGGAGGUUUUUGAAAUUCUGGAAAUGGGAGUCCUCAGCCUAUGCAAGUCAGAAUCUUUGAAGCUGGGCCUUUUCUAAGUCUGGGUCCUAAUGAAAAUUCCUGUUUUCAUGGUGGGAUUUGCAUGGCUCUGGCCCAUUGCAAGCAGUUGGUAAAUAUCAGCUAUUAUUUUAUUAAGUUGAUUGUAUCACCAGAUGGAUCACUGGGAAUCUUAGGUGGGGAUUCUUUUACAAAAAUGAAUCUGUCCUUUGCCAACUUCCUUGUAUAAUAAAGUAUCACUGGCUUGUGUGUGA